AUGUCUGCCCCCAGACCCGAUCACCUGGGCUUGGGCUACUCGUCGCAUUCUGGUGCCACCCAGGGCCGCUCCGGCUCGCCCAACUCCAACAACUCUCCCAUCGACUCCUCAGCCCGCUCUCACUUUGGCCUCUCCUCUGGCUUGAACUCUACCGCCAUCAUGGCCGCAAACUCGCGCUCCGGCGCCGGCUCCCCAUCCCACGAAUUGGGAGGCUCUAGCAGGCUCUUCUCCAAACGCGCUCGCGAAAUCCAGGCACAAGAAGGCAUUUCUAGCAUGCCUCCCCUGUAUCCUUGGGGUGGUCCUCCUACAAGCGGAAACUCAACACCUCUACGAGAAAAUAUUCCCGAAUCUCCAACCGACGGUUUCCCAGACUUUGGUCAGCUCCCAAGUCCCGACAGCAUGCCUCAGACCCGACGUGGUCGUGCUGGCACUCUGCCCUCCAGACUGACCACCCCCGGUGGUCUCGGCGCGCCUGGCCUCCCCGGUGUGCCUAACCUGCUCUCCGCCCAGUCUGCUCGUGCCACCCCGUCACAGAGCCCAUUCAACAAGUCGCCUUCUCCGAGCCUCGAUCACCCUGAAAAUGCUUCCGGCGCCUCCUCUCUUCUCUCCCGCCUACGUGCCGGCUCGCUUCCCCAGCGCGGCAACUUCUCCGCCGCUCCCGGCACCGCCCCCUCUCCCUUCGGACCCUCCAUCUUCAGCAGCUGGAAUCCCGCCAGCGGUGGCCGCGAGCGUGCUUCCACCCUCGCCAGCAUCGCCAGCGUCGGCUCCAACGGCCCCAGCUCCCCAUCGCAAUCCCAAUUCUCUCGCGAGGGCGGAGAGUCCUCCGACGCCCACAUGCGAACCCUCGACUACCUAGGUCUCGCUGAAACUCCUCAGCCCCAGAUUGCUACCCCGUACUACGACUAUAGCAAUAAGCAGGCCAACCGCCUUCGGUCCUUCUCCGUGAACCACAAGGACAAGUACGGCCACGAGGAGCAGCAAUACGAGGUCGAUGGCCUGCCCGUUGACAGCCGCUACGUCGCCGCGCUCCAGAAACAGCUUGAGGCUACCAACGCCGCUAUCCAUAACCACAACCUCGCCGUUCAGGCUUUCGCCAGCCAAGCCUCCAGUCGACCCAGAGCCCAGACGGCCAGCGUCCUCGACGCUCCGCAGAGCCGACUUUUGCCGAUUGCUAUCAACGGCGGUGUCAACAUCCCCAACAGCCUCAACGCCGUCGAACGCCGCCUUCAAGACGAUAGCGCCUACGACGACCUUCCCCAGGCCGUCGCUGGCCUGGGUCUUGGCCGAUCCAACAGUCGCAAUGCCGGAAUGCUUAGUCCUGAGGAGCAGGGUCUCGAUGGCCCUACCAGUGCUCUCUGGCUCGGAGGUGUGCCCACAUCUACCACCACCUCGACCCUCAACGAAAUGUUCAAGUCCCACGGUGCCAUCCUUUCUGCUCGUGUUCUCACCCACAAGAACUGUGGCUUCGUCAAUUUUGAGCGCGUUGAGAGCGCCAUUUCCGCCAAGGCUAGCAUGAACGGCAAGGAAAUCUUCCCCGGCGCCGGCCCUAUUCGCAUCAACUUUGCCAAGCCUCCUUCUGCCUCCAACACCCCUGGACACGAUGGCGCCUUCCCUUCGCCCAGCCCCGAUCCAUUCGCCAAGGGCGAGGUUGCGCAAACCGGUGCCAUCGGUGACGCUCCCGUUUCAUCUGCUACUCCCACGGUUCCUCCUCUGCCCGACAUGAUGGCUGAUAUGCUCGAGAUUAUUGCCCAAUUUGGUGCCUCCGAUGCAGACACCGCUCAAAUCUCUAGAAGCAUUCAGUUUGCCAUCCAGUUUACUGACUUCGCCGAUGAGAUUCCUCCUGUUCGCGAGCCCACUCACACCCGUGUCCACGAUGCGCCCAAGCUACGUGAUAUUCGCAAGCGUGUUGACAACCAACUCCUGAGCCAGGCUGAAAUCGAAAACAUUGCCGUCGACAUGCUUCCAGAGAUUGCCGAGCUCUCAUCCGACUAUCUCGGCAACACUGUCAUUCAGAAGCUAUUUGACAACUGCUCAGACGAGCUGCGCGAUGCCAUGCUCGGCGAGAUUGCCCCUCACAUGGCUGAAAUUGGUGUUCACAAGAAUGGCACCUGGGCUGCCCAAAAGAUUAUCGAUGUCUGCAAGACCCCGGCUCAGAUGAACAUGAUUGUCGACUACAUUCGCCCGUAUACCGUGCAGCUCUUCCUCGACCAGUACGGCAACUAUGUCCUUCAAGGUUGCCUCAAGUACGGUGCUCCCUUCAACGACUUCAUCUUUGAGACUAUGCUCAGCCGCAUGUGGGAGAUUUCUCAGGGUCGAUAUGGCGCUCGAGCCAUGCGCGCCUGCUUAGAGAGCCACCAUUCUACCAAGGAGCAGCAGAGAAUGCUCGCCGCCGCCAUCGCUCUGCACAGCGUCCAGCUUGCUACCAAUGCCAACGGUGCCCUUCUCCUGACUUGGUUCCUCGACACGUGCACAUUCCCUCUCCGCCGCACCGUGCUGGCGCCUCGCCUUGUCCCCCACCUUGUUCACUUGUGCACUCACAAGGUCGCAUACCUGACGGUUCUCAAGGUCAUCAACCAAAAGGCUGAGCCAGAGGCUCGCGACACGAUCCUGCAGGCUCUCUUCUUCACUCCCAACGAUCGCAUUCUCGAGGCUAUCCUGAAUGACCAGUCCUGCGGAGCUACUCUCAUCUUCAAGGUGCUUACGACGCCCUUUUUUGAUGAGACGAUCCGCUCGCAAGUCGUUGAGACUGUCAAGAAUGUCCUGCUCAAGAUUGGUGCUCAACCGAACCAAGGAUACAAGAGGCUGAUGGACGAAGUUGGUCUUUCGACCCGCACCAGCGGCACUCCCAGCCGCGAAACCUCUGCUCCUGCUGAACAGCGCCGACCAACUUCCAGGCACGCCAACGGAGGCGGCAACCAGCAGUCGCAGCAGCAGCACGGUGGCAAGCCAUUUUACAAUGGCAACGCUACUACCCAAAACCCUGGAUUCGACGCCGGUUACAACGGCCAGAGAGUCGAUGGCGCAGCAGACCUGAGCAUGGGGGCUUUCCCGCAGUACAACCAGAAUAUGAUGUACAGCCCCCCGAACGCGCCCAUGCCUCCGGGCGUGGGUAUGCCCACUAUGCAAUACCAACAGGGUAUGAUGAACAGGGGCGCUCCUCAGGGCAACUACAACUACCCUCCGAUGCAGGUGCCAUACGGUGGGUACGCCCCGCCGCAGCCUGGCGCUGAGCAAUUCCGCCAGCAAAACAUGGUGCAGCCUAAUGCCAUGCAGAUGCAGGGUGGCCAGGGCCAGUAUGGUCCUCCUGGCUUCGGUAUGGGCCUGGGCGGCUACGGGUAUGGAGGCAUGUCCAACGGUGCCCAAGGUAUGGGCUAUGUACCCCAAGACCAGGUGAACAAUCGACGUGGAAGACGCUAG